AUGUACAGUGUAAAUGAUGAGCUUCCUGAGGGAUUUCUUGACUAUCAUCAGAAGGACGCUCGGACGAAGAAGAACCGUGCCUCGUCGUCAAAGUCAGCCAGAUCAUCAAAACGGCAAUACGUCAUCAAAGAAGAGGACGAUGACAACAACGAUGACGAAGAACUUAGGAGAAGCCGACAUCGAUUGAGAAUGAGGCUUGUCGCUGUCGCUUUGGUGUUUACUGUGGCUGCUUUCGUUGCCUUUGGUGUAGCGCUUUAUUUUUCUUCGAUGGAGGAAUCAUCCGCUAUUCUGGAACCAGUCGUUGAUGAAGACUUAGCGGCACCGCCAAAUUGAAAUAAUCAAAGGAAAAAAACAACAUGGUCCAUCCAUAUAAACGGACAACCAUUAAAAAAAAAUUGGAAUUGUACCUUGGGAAAUCACUGCAUGCAUAGAAUGGAAGAAAAGACGUAGCAAUAUCCUUCAGCAUUAGACCUAUCAUUUCUUAUUUACUUUUCGAUUUUAA